AUGGAGAGUUUGCUAUGUGAUGAAGUCUGGCUCAUGAGUCCUGAAGAUCAUGACAUGCAUGUAAAUAAUGAAGAAGAAGGAGAUACUAGUUUUUUCUACUCAACCAAAGAAGAUUGUGAACAUGCUUUUGAGAUAUUAUUAGAGAAGGAGAUGAGUUACAUGCCUAAACCAGAUUAUGUGAAGCGAAUAAAAGAAAAUUGUUUUAUUGAGAAUGCUAGGUUCAAAGCUAUUUACUGGCUUAUUAAGUGUCAAAGGAGGUGGAAUUUAUCUAAUGGAACUAUAUUUGGUGCUGCAAGUUACCUUGAUCGUUUUAUCUCUUUAAAUAAGUGCCAGGGAUGGAGAUACUGGAUGUUCGAGUUACUCUCAAUUGCAUGUUUGUCUGUUGCCUCCAAAUUCCAUGAAACAAACCCUCCUCAAUUGCUUGAAUUACAGAUGGAAGGUGUUGAACAUUUGUAUGAAUCAAAAAUGAUCAAACGUAUGGAGUUGACAUUGUUGGAGGCUCUAGGGUGGAGAUUAAGUUCUACAACACCAUAUUCGUACAUUGAAUUGCUUCAAUGGAAUAUCAAGUCCCUCAAAUUACCCAUCUUUCAAGAUUUUACUUCCCGUGUCAAGGAGCUACUUCUUGGAGUUCUUAUAGAUGCUAAAUUCUUGGAGUUCAGACCUUGUGUCAUUGCACAAUCUGCUGUUAACUGCGCUUGUGAAGAUUUCUCUCCAUUAAUAGGUGACUGUUUCAACAAUUUUACUAGACUCUUCCCUCAAGAUCAAAAGGAUGAUCUAACCAAGUGUCAAAGAAUGAUGAAUAAACAACUCUUGGUAGAGGAAUUUCAAGAAAUGGUGACAUAUGGAGAUUUUUAUUAUGGCCCUUCAAGUCCAGUAACUGUAUUGACAAUGGAGCAGCAUGACUUGUGUGAUUGCCAACUUCUUCAUCAUUGCUAUUGCUCUCUCUUCAACAUUCCUCAAGGGGAUAUCAAUUUCAUAUCUAAUGUUAAAAAACGUAAAAGGGGUCAACAAGAAGAUCCUGAUGUCGUCUAA